CAGCUGCUGACACUACCGGAUUCUUAAGAAUGUCAAAAUAAAUAACAAGUGUGGAUUAUUGUCCUAAAUUGCUAGAAAAUAUCUGAAAGUGAUAUUAAUUUUCAGAUGAAAUGUCGAGAAAAGGUCUAAGUACUUGGGAGAAUGUCCACUGACUAUAGUAGAUUGGUCAAAAUUUGGAAAAUAAUGGCAACACCAAAUUUUAAAUAACCUCUUGAAAACUUUCGAAGAUGGGGGUGUUUACCAGUAGGCAGCAUGCUGGGGUUGAAGAGGUGGACGUAGUUUCCAAUCAUGCUUAUAAGUAUCCCCCAAGAUCAGGAAACUACUUCGGAAGUCAUUUUAUAAUGGGUGGUGAAAGAUUCGACACUCCCCAACCUGAGUCGUAUUUAUUUGGAGAAAAUUCUGAUUUGAAUUUCUUAGGAUCUAGGCCCACACCUGUAUGUAUGAAGAGAAUAUUAUUAUAGAUUGUACCAAUUAUAGAAUCAUUUCAGUUUCCAUAUCCUCCACCUCAACCAAACGAACCAACAAAAACACUGAAAUGUUUGGUGAAUAUACGUAAAGAAUCUCUGAGAUUUGUUAGAGCCCCUUUGGAUUCUGGUAAACUUCCUAUAAAUAAACAGAAGAAAGAUGUACGAGAUAUUGAGUCUGGAAAAGGAGCACCUGUUAAUAUUGAAUUUACUUUUGAUUGUGAUGUUCGAUGUUCAAUCACCAUCUACUAUUUCUGUACUGAAGAAUUAGGGCCUAAUGGAGUGACGUAUAUACCCAAAGAUCCUAGUCUAGUAUCUGAAACCUACCGUUAUAAAAAAGGGGCUAAUCAGCAAUUUUGUCAAAUGAGUCAUGUAUUUGAUCCAUCAGGAUAUUCUGAAGAUGAGCUGCUAUAUGAUGUUGAUAGAGAGGUUAUACCCAUUGCUAUACAUAUUGUGGCUGAGGGUUCUGAAGAUAUCAAACAAUCCCAUACAACCAUAGCAACAGUGGAAAAAAUCACUGAUGGAAUAUAUUUACUCAAAGCUUUGAAACAGAAACUUUUUGUUGAUGGUUUAUGCUAUCUUCUACAAGAAAUCUAUGGCAUUGAGAACAAGAAUAACGAUAAGCACUCACAAGAUGAAGAUAUGGAGGACAAUGGUUCAGAAUGUGUGAUAUGUAUGUGUGAUGUGAGGGAUACAUUGAUACUACCUUGCCGUCAUUUGUGUCUCUGUAACUCGUGUGCUGAUUCUCUGAGGUACCAAGCUAAUAACUGCCCUAUAUGUCGAGCUCCUUUCAGAGCUCUUCUGCAAAUAAGAGCCUUGCACAAAUCUUCAAAUCCCACACUUGCUCCAAUAAAUCCAGCCGAAGGUGUUUGUGAUAACAUCCCUCCCGGAUAUGAAGCAGUUUCACUCAUUGAGGCACUGAAUGGACCGUGCCAACAAAGACAACCACCGUCUGCGAUUCCAGAUCUGGUUGAGACUCCGGAAAGUGAAAAUGCCAUUCAGGCGGCCCAAAUCCUGAAUCGCGGCGUGGAUAGGAGUUCUUCUAGAAAUAGAAAUUUAGGAAGUCCAGAGUACGGGAGUUUGGAACAAAACGGAAAAGAGCCAAUACAAAUGCCGUUCCUUUACGAUAAGACUGGGAAAACUUAUCGUUCACGUGAUAGCGUCAAACAAGUGAACGAGAAAGUAUCUAAAAAGGAAGCUACGAUGGACGAAGAUAGUGAAAGUGAGAAAUUAUCACCACUGCUAGAAAGAAACAACAGUUCUAAGAAUUUAACACAGCUAGAAAUGACGGAUUUAGAAAUGUUUGAUACUGAAAACGAGCAGGGGAUCCCUAGCAGGUCAAUUGAUAAACCAAAAGGACGUAAUGAGGAGAAUCUCGGUGAGGACUCUGAUUAUUACACACCAGAAGAACCGAACCCAUACGAUCAUAACAUAUCCAACUCUUUGAAUAGCACCCCUCAGAAAAAUUCUGGUACUCCCCAUUCUCAUUCGAGUACCAGGAGCAGCGGGGACAGUUGCAGUAGUGCCAACAGUUCGAAACGUCUCCUCACUGUUGUUGUUGAUGACGAAAAAUCGGCUGGAACUAUUCACAUUUAAAUAAUCUAAAGUUCAAAGUAUGUUUAUGAACGCGCAUUUUAAUUAUUCAGUCAUGGUUAUUCGAAUUUUUAAGGUUUAAACAAGAUAUUGUUAUAGGUAGGUUAAUUUGUGAUCCGCUUAUUUUAGUAUUUAUUUUUACGCUUCUUGAUUUGUUAUAUAGAUUUUAUAUGAGACUCACGAUUUAACUUUUAUUAUAUUUAUUUUAUUCAA